AUAGGUAUCAAAAAAGAGAGCAACACACAGAGGAAAAGGCGAGCGCAGGGACACGCGUAUCGCGCGACAAUGGCGACUUGAAGGGCUGGCGUGCGUUUACCCAACAAGUUUCCCGUAGGGACACAAGGGAAUAUCGGUGAAGUAUCGUGGGGAAAUCGAACAGUGGCUCCGUUUACGAAAUAUGUGAGUGACGUAUAGUUACGGAAAAGGCUGAAUUAAAAGUUCGCGCUCACGAGAAAACUGGGUCCCAUCGCGCGACAGCAAUCGCGCUGUGUUGGUUCCUUACCGAAAAAAAAAAACAGUACAGCGUUUAUUAUGUCUACCGUUCGAUGCUGCCGGCUAUAAUGCCUUGUUCUAGGAUACUAAGAUAAUAUUGGAAGCCAUCGUGGUAUUCCCAAGGCAUGAUAAAAUAAGGGAAGAGAGAGGAGGAGAUGAGCCACAAUAUCGCAGGCAUGCCACCCUUUGCAAGGAUGCCACUUGGGGGUAUGGGUAUGGGGGUAGGCAUGGGGUCUAAUGCCCCGCACCUAGAGCCCACAGCUCACCCCCAUCCUCCACCACCACCUCCUGCUGGGGCUAAUCCCAAGAAGAAGAGACGUACAAAUGCGAAUGUCUCGCAACCACCUCCUCAGCAACCCCCAACUGUACAGGAUUUGUUACCUCCUCCAUUAACUGGUUAUGGGGAUACGAUAGUUGCAAGUAAUCCAUUUGACGAUACUCCACCGCAAACUACCCAAAGCCCUAUGAUGCAUGGUGGUCCGCCUCACAUACACCCACAUCACCCUCACCACAUGGGAGGCCCUCCCAUGAGGGGCAUGAGUCCCCUGGCCUCUAUAGGAGGCAUGAGCCCUAUGAUUCCUCAUAAUAUGGGAGGCAUGAGUCCUAUGGGUAACUCUCCGAUGGGUAACCAUAUGAACCAUAUGGGAGGAAUGUCACCCAUGAACCACGCGCCGAUGGGCGGUAUGAGUCCUAUGAAUAACAUGGGUCCCAAUAUGCCACCAGGACCCAUGAAUUCCAUGAACAAUCACAUGAAUAUGAGUCACAUGGGAAAUUCUCAAUUAAGUGGGCCACCUAUGGGCAGUCCUAUGAACAGUAUGAACAGUGGGCCCAUGGGAAGCCCCAUGAAUAAUAUGGGCCAUAGUAUGGGAAGUCCAAUGGGUGGACCUCUCGGUUCGCCUAUGAACAGCAUGGGUGGUUCAAAUCAUAUGGCAAAUGGCCCAAUGAACAUGAAUAACAUGAACAGUCACUUGCCACCGAACAGUCCAUUGAACGGUCCUCCGAUGAACAACGUCAACAGUCCACUGGGACAUAAUGGGCCCCAACCACAUCCCACGCAUAUGGGAAAUAAUCUUAGCAAUCUCGGCAGGCCCAUGAACGGACCUAUGACGUCAAUGGGUUCCAUGCCAUCGAAUAACAUGAACAUGUCAGGGCCAAAUCAAAUGAAUAACAUGAACAUGCCGGGCCCACCAAUGAACAACAUGUCGAACAUGAAUAUCAGUCAUCACAACCAAAUGGGACAUAUAGGUGGCCCAAUGGGUCCCAUGUCCAGCAAUAUGUCCGGCGGGCCUCCAAUGGGACAUCCUAUUAAUAUGGGAGGAUCUAUGCCACCACAUGGUUUCCAAGGGCCACCAGGAAUGGGCCCGAAGCCCAUGCCAGUGUCAGCAGGAAAGAUUUAUCCCCCGGACCAGCCGAUGGUUUUCAACCCUCAAAAUCCUAACGCCCCUCCAAUCUAUCCUUGCGGAGUCUGUCACAAGGAAGUCCACGACAAUGACCAAGCGAUCCUCUGCGAAUCCGGAUGUAAUUUCUGGUUCCAUAGAGGAUGCACCGGCCUUUCCGAGGCCGCAUACCAACUCUUAACGCAAGAAGUUUACGCGGAGUGGGUGUGCGACAAGUGUUUGCAAUCGAAAAACAUACCCCUGGUGAAAUUCAAGCCAUAACACUUCUUGGACCGUCGUCCUAGCGGCGUACGAGUCACACUUUGUUAACGUUUAUCACAGUUCCCAUCCUGACCAGCAUACCUAUCACCCACGAAACCACUAGGACCAUUAAAAUUCACGUUGAUUUAUAAUAAUCUCGGUUCUAUCCGGGCACUUUUACGCACACACCAAGUGGACGGACCUGAGUAAUCAAGAUACACAUAGAACACACAUUAUACACGUUACGGACACUACAUGCUGUUUGUUGAUAACUUUCUAGCUUUAACUUGUUGAGAAAUUAAGGUAUCGUUACGAGGCCGAGUGAAAGAGAAAUACGUGAUUUUUUGUUCGGAAAAUGAGUGAUAAACCAGAAGAGAUGCAAAAUGAAGGAAUCUUCUAUUUCUGAAUUGUCAAUCAUGUAUAGAUUCUCGUUCCUUAUCUGUUUAUCAUGAGGAAUUGCGACUAUACAGCACGAGUAGGUAUAAAAACGCAAGAAGAAAGAAUUUCUCUGCGAAUUAAGAUUCGCCGAUGAAUACAUUAACAGAGAAUAAGAACACUUGAAAAUUUUUUAUCUUCUCCUUAUUGGAACUUUUUUUGUUCACGGUUUUGCAAGUAAUCGUAUCGUUAUCUAUUUUCUUCAUGGAAGUGUGGUCAAAAUACGUUUUUCAUGGAAGAAAAAGAAAUUUUAUGUUUUCAAUACAAAACGGUGAAUAAUCCCAUUCGCAGGAUACUUUAUUACAUUUCAAUCGACUUGAACAGUGUAUGUAUUUAUAAUUUAUACAAAUAUAUAAUUAUAUAUAUAUUUUUUUCUUUCUAUGGAAAACUUUCAUAGACCAUCGAGCCAUGAAGAGAGAAAAUAGAACGCGAGAGAAAGAAAGAUUAGGCUGAUACAAAAGAAACGAGGUGGAGAAGGGCGGAAAACGAAGAGAAAUUAACAUAACAAGAAAAAAAUUUCCCGUCGGCAGCUAAUUAUGAAAUUAAGGUGUCCGCGGUUUGUAUAGUUUUUUAUAUAUAUAUGAGUAUAUAGAUAUAUAUAAAAAUAUAUAUAAAGAACGUAGCCAUUUUUAUCGUUUUAAACUUGACUAAGAAUUAUUUUUCUCAUUACUUUUAACGUUUUAGUCGUAUUUCUGAUUUCUCUCUUAAAAUGGACAUAGAGCGAUUGAUCACGCGUGCAGGCGCAUCGACACACCAAAUUCCACACUGCAUGAUGCUCAUCACUAGUAUUACAACGAAUAGAUUAUCAUCGCCACCUCUUUCUUUUUGUCCUUUCGUGGAUUUCGUAAUUGCACCACCUUCGCUCGAGUGAAUGAAAGUACAGAGAGAAAGUCUGAAGAAGGAAAGUCAAAGACCGUCGACUGUUUCGACAGGAAUAACACACGUGUCAAGGAAAUGAAUCAUAAUUAAGCAUGAAUGAGUGAAGACGAAAAUUGAAAAUAUCGAGAAGGGCAUUCUUCGCUAAUAAACAUUUAACUUAAGUGUAUCUCGCGUAAGAUCGAAGAAAGAGUAAGAACCACACGAAUAUGAAGAUUAAGACGAGGAGAACGAGGAAAGGAAGAAAAGAAAAUAUUGUCAUUAUUGUAUCUUUAUGUAAAUAUUUUAAUUAGCGAGCGAUUUUACUUUUUCGGUACAUCGGAUCCAACGGAAAAUCUUAUUUCCGUUAGAGUGAUCGGCGUUGCGAUAUCUUGAAGACGAAUUCCGAGCGACGAACGAAGAAAGAAAAGAAAAAAAGGAAAUACACGCAAAAUAAUGGAAAACACUUGAUUAAAAAGAAAAUGCGAGAGAGAAUGAAGAGAAACUUUGUAAAUAGGAACUAUCGAUCGUCGAUUAGAUGCGAUUUGUUGGGUGUUUCUCAUACCGGCUGAGUUAUUAAUUUUAUUUUAAAGAACAUGCUGCAUUUCAUUUUUUCGAAAUCGAGACCCUGUCCGCCAUAUCGAAAAAAAAUAAGAUAUUCCUACCCCCCGUUGUAUCCCCUUUUUUUUUUAAAAAAAAAAAGCGAAACACUCGCGCCAACUGUACAUUUGGAAGAUUUACAGAGAAAAAGGAAUAAGAAAACAUGUAACUUUCGUUAUUGUGUACUAUCGGCUUUUGCGUCUUUAUAAAAAUUUAAUGAAAAUUCGACAUGUCUACUGUACGAGUUAUAUGAUUUAUACUUUUACAAUUUUGACUCGACCGAGCAAUCAAGAGGAGUCUCGCCUCUCGACACGCAACAAAUUGUUCAUAGUUUAUUUUUUAUCAUGUGAAUACAAAAAUAUAUAUCAGCAAUAAAA